AAGGGAGCGAGAUUGAGGAGAGCAAAGUGGCGGUGGUACUUUCGGGAUUUUCCCGUUUAGUGGCUUCAUUAUGGAUGAAAUAGUCGCUGAAUACAUCAGGAGAACUGUACUGCGAAUACCACGUUCAGAAAUGGGGAGAAUGCUGACUACAUGGGGGGUUUUCUCUGAGAACCAGCUUCAGUCUAUAAACUUACAUCAGAUAAAGGAUAAAUUGUCCCAAGAAGUAGUUCAGCUUUGUGAGGAAAAUGGUGCAACUAUCAAGCAUGCAGCAAAUCUAGACAUCAUUUAUAAUUACACAUAUAGAGACAAAAAGGUUUGGACUGUUUACAAGAUGACAAAAGAAGAUGGUGAUGAAAAUGUUGUUUUCAACUGGGUAGAUUUCAAAAACAGAUUUAAAGCCAGCCUUCGGUUACUUCUGAAAAAUGUCACUAUCACCUUUAAGAAAUUUGAAGACAAUUCAAUGUGGAUUCGAAUAGCAUGGGGAACACAAUUUAAAAAACCAAACCAGUACAAGCCAACCUAUGUUGUUUACCAUUCACAGACUCCUUACGUCUUUAUUUCCCACUCCAUAUUUAAAAACUGCAGAGUUCUGCUUUUUCAGGCCCUGUUGGCUGCUGCCAAUUACAGUGACAUCCAUGAAAUGGACCUCCGAAGCCGUUGUUUAGACUCUCUUAAAGAUAUUGUGUUUAAGAGAUAUAACCAGAAUGUUGAAACUUUUAACCCACAACCUCUACAGGAGAGGAACAGCACCUUGGAAAAUGUGGAUCCGAGGAUAAUUCAAGAAGAUAAAAACAAAAAGGAAACCAUUCGGAAAAUUAAUGAGGAGGAUUUUGGAAAUGGUUCCUUGCCAAAACUACAGUAUGCACAAUACAAGCUUGAAACAGUAUUCAAAAGUAAACCAGAAAUGGGCAUCUUGAAUGACAAGGAACCAUUUAGAUGCCUGGUGACGUUUUCUAGUCCCCAUCUUUUAGAAGCACUGAAGUCCCUUGCGCCUGCUGGUCUGGCAACUGCUCCUCUUUCACGUUUACUUACCUGCAUUGUCCCAGAGGCCAAGAACUCUUUUAAAAUUACAGAGAAAAAAAGUGGAUUUUCACAUGGUCUUCCAGACCAAUGACAUCCUUAAAGCAGUUUGCUUAAUUAUUUUAAAGACAUAAUUUAUUUGCCCAGCUAAAUUCCUCAUCAUGCAAAUACAUUGUGUAAAAACAAAAAAAAAAAAUUAGGUUUAUGCUAUCGGUAUUUUUUUUUUGCUAACGAAUCUGCUUGCUAAACCACUGGUAUUUCUCUGGAUCAUCAAACACUGAAGAAUGGAAUCUCUAAGUUCUCCACAGUCCACUCGGUCAAGACAAAGUCGUUCUGGCAGGCUCUAGCAUGCAUAUACUACUUGUUCAGCUUGACUGCUCCAUGGCUAUGUAUUAUUAUAGAAUUCUGUCUUCUAAAGCAAACCAUACAGUAAAGAUUUUAGAAACAAUGUUACUCAUUCCACUGUCAACUUCUGAGUAUUGGCUUGUUAAAGCAAAGGGCAAUACCAGACAAUUCUUGAAAACUUCGUUCUCAAAAUGGUAUUAAUCAACGUGGCAUUUAUAAUUUUAAAUGUUUAAGAAAUUUGCAUGUUAUACACAUUUCCUCUUAGCGUGUUUGUCACAGGAAUUCCUGCUUAAUGGUGCCUAGCAUUACCCCAGUAUAUCUAGUGUUGAAAGCUUUUUAUUCCUGAAAAUUAGUCAUCAUUAGUAUAUGAAAUGAGGUAGUUGUGAGGCAUGUAAAACCUGGGCUGGGACCAAUUAAUUCUUAAACAGCUGAUCUUUGAUCAUAAAAAUAUUAACCCUGAUUCAAGACACCAGAUGAAAGCAUGCUGUUGACUCUAUUUUAGUGAUUUUAAAUAGUGUGCGUGUAUCUAGUUUCCAAUAAAACUUUGGAAUACACGUAUGUUGGAAAUUAAGAUGUAAAAAUACCUGCCCCUGUUCUAGAUCAAGCUUUGUUACAAACAUUAAAUGGAAAGCAUUACAUCGGUAAAAAGUAAAUACUGGGAAUAUAGAUAUAUAUCCAAUAAUAUAAACUUUCCUGAGAGUUUUUAUAUUUUCACUCACUGCUUAUAUACUGUUCUGGAUAAUCAUGUGAACAAGCUGCAAAAAGCAGGGGGGAAUAUUUAAACACUUCAUUAAAACAUACAUGCUUUACACUAAACUGCAUUUAUUUUUAAAUUUUGUUCUAUUAAAAGUUUUGAAGUCUGUAACAAAAAAUAGCCAUUCUUUGCUCUGGGAGCUGCCAUUGACCUUUAAAUCUCCUUUUGGCAGAGAAUGCUGCAAAAAAAUAAAAUGGUUUAGGCAAGUCUAUUGAUAUGUUUGAA